AACUCCUCCUAUUUCUAGGUCAGUAGCUACGUUACUUGAAUAAGGUGGGUUGUCUGAUAUAUUUUCAAUUCCUCGGUUUGUGUCUAACUUGGAAGUUAUCUAGCUACCGCCACACGCUUUCGCCCCAUCGUUAUACUGGCAGUACUUGCGGGCGACCGCCCACUGUUCUGAUGCUGCCCACUGCCCUCCGCUGUGGUCGACCUGUUGCCAACACCCUUGCCUUCUCCCGCCAGACCACCAGAUUUAGGCCUCAGAUGGACCCCAGUCGGCCCGUGGAGAGUGGUAUAAGGGCCAAACUGACCCAGGCUCUGGAACCAGACCACCUCGAGGUGAUGAACGAGAGCCACAUGCACGCCGUGCCACCGGGCUCUGAGUCUCACUUCCGGGUGCUGGUGGUGAGCCAGCGUUUUGAAGGGUUGUCCCUGCUGCAGCGCCACCGUCUAGUCAACGAAGCCCUGCGUGAGGAGCUCAGCACGCUAGUCCAUGCCCUCGCCAUCCAGGCAAAGACGCCCCAGCAGUGGGACAGCAACCCCAGUUUAGCCAAGAGCCCGCCCUGUAUGGGGGGCUCCAAGCAUGACAACACCGUGGCCAACAAGCUCAAGGCAGGCCGGGAAUGAACCAAGAAUUCUUCUGAUGAUAUUUUCAGAGCAGGUAGCAGAAGUUUGAGUUUUUGGGGAACCUUUAAACAUAUUGAAACCGUGGUCUGGUCCAUUAUAUUGUAACAAAGCAAUCUUUGUGACCAAAUGUUUUCAGCCUUUAAUGUCAUAAACCGGACCUUUAUUUGAUCACAAAUAAAAGAAGCCAAACCUCUCAUUGCCACCUGAUUGAAGCAUUAAGCUAUUUCACCCCCGAGCAGAAGCUGAGACUAAUGUACUUUGAAUGUCUAUAGAACCGUUCUGAAGAGAAGAAUAGUUGCAGGAUUAUUGCUUACACCACUGAUGCAACAUAAAGAUUGGCUCUGUGAAACUUCAAUAAAUUAUGGAGAUAUUUAA